AUCAUUUGUCGACAGCGACAUUCGCGAAAUUAAAGUCUUGCAGCAAAUAUGGUUGUGGGGCGAUGUAUUUUAGUUACCACUAAAUGUUUUCGUGUAACUGUUAGAACAUAUUGGUCUCCUGUUGGGUCUGCUUUCAGUGUCCCUCAGAGCAAGCAGUUUGACAUAUUUGAUAAGAAUGUGGGUCUCUUCAGAGUUCCAGAACUGAGCACACCUGCAGGAUUUCAAAUCACACAGGACAGAGCUCUAAGAGAUGCUGAAGAACUGGUAAAAAAAGCUUGCAGUACUCCUCCUGGACCUGAAACUGUACGCAUCUUUGACCAGCUUUCUGACUGCCUAUGCCAAGUUGCUGAUUUGGCAGAUUUUGUGAAAAUUGCUCAUCCAGACCCUGCCUUCAGAGAAGCUGCUGAAGAAGCCUGUUUGAGUAUUGGUACCAUUGUUGAAAAGUUAAAUACUAAUGUUGAACUUUGUCAAAUACUGAGGCAGCUCCUAAAUGAUGAAUCUUGUCUAAAUUUACUGGAUGCAGAUACUAGGAGAGUGGCCGAGCUUUUCAUGUUUGACUUCGAAAUCAGCGGAAUUCAUUUGGAUGAAGAAAAGCUGCUGAUGAGAGGGCUUGCAACCUCGAGGCACAUACCAGGUGAUUGGCCAGGUUGUGCCAUGAGUGUGCGUAAAAAGGCAUUAGAUCUUAAUGUCAAGUUGUUGCAGCUGAACAAUCAGUUUCUAGCUGGGUGUCAUUUACCCAACAAGAUUGAGAGAAGAGUUUUACCAGUUCAUGUAUGCCAUUCUUUUGCACAAGAUGGUGACUAUAUUCUGGUCAGUGGACUAAACGGAGAUAAUCCAGAUGAAGUGGUGCGAGAAAUUGCAUACAGGAUCUUUCUUUAUCCUAAUGCUGAACAGAUGAGGUGUUUAGAUGAACUACUGGCUUGUCGAAAUCAGCUUGCUCAGUUAGUUGGUUAUACAUCCUAUGGUCACAGAGCACUGCAAGGAACACUGGCAAGAAAACCAGAAACAGUGAUGGAGUUCCUCAAGAAGCUCUCAGACAAGCUGUCCAACAGAACAGCAAAAGACUUCAAUAUGAUGAAAGGAAUGAAGAUGAAACUAAACCCCAGAAAACCUGAUCUAAUGCCUUGGGAUCACCCUUACUACAGUGGUAUCCUCCGUGCUGAAAGAUACAAUAUAGAGCCCAGUUUGUACAGUCCAUUUUUCUCACUUGGAUCUUGUAUGGAAGGACUGAACAUGUUGUUUAGCCAACUUUGGGGCAUUUCUCUUUAUGCAGAGCAACCUAAAAAAGGAGAAGUCUGGUCUCCAGAUAUUCGGAAGUUGGCUGUAGUCCAUGAAAAGGAAGGGUUAUUGGGAUACAUCUACUGUGACUUCUUCUAUAGAUCUAACAAACCUAAUCAGGAUUGUCAUUUUACAAUUCGUGGUGGAAGAUUAAAAGAAAAUGGUGAAUAUCAAGUCCCAUUAGUGGUUUUAAUGCUUGGACUGCCAAAUCCAACAAGAAAUUCUCCAACACUUCUUACACCUGGCAUGAUGGAGAACCUUUUUCAUGAAAUGGGGCAUGCAAUGCAUUCUAUGUUGGGAAGGACUCGUUACCAACAUGUAACAGGUACAAGAUGCCCAACUGACUUUGCUGAGGUUCCUUCUAUUUUGAUGGAGUACUUUGCAAAUGAUUAUCGUGUUGUCAGUCAGUUUGCAAGACAUUAUCAGACUGGCCAGCCACUGCCAAAAAGUAUGAUCUCCCGCUUGUGCGAGUCCAAGAAGGUCUGCGCAGCAGCAGAUAUGCAGCUCCAGGGGUUUAUAUGGAGUGUGGAUGACAGAGUAGGAUAUAGUGCCAAAGCUAAAUCAAGGUAUGCUGAAUGCUCAGAUUCACCCUCAUUUAAUGCUUCUGUGAAUGUUUCAAAGAAAUCCGCUAGAUUUAACAGUUUCAGAAAGCUGUCCAUUUACAGUGGGCAAACUGGACUGCAGCAGGCUAAAAAGCAGUUUCAGAAGGAACAGCAGGUACAAAAGGAUGGGCAAAAGCAGCGGUAUCAGUAA